ACAGAUGCUGGGUGCGCUGUAAUUUGCGUUUUCUUUUGUUCUGUGGUUUUUUUUAAUAACUUCGUAGAAGUACAAGUAUUGUGAUCUAUGGAAAGUAGCUUGGCAAGAAAUGGCGAAAAAAACAUAAAAUAUUUUCCAUUCCAGUUUACUACUUCGCAACCAAUCUAAAUUUAUCUAUAAAUAUAAUAUAUUCGAAGUUAAAUUAAAAUGUCUUAUCAAUUAUAUCGAAAUACGACACUAGGGCACACUCUUCAAGAAAGUUUAGAUGAACUUAUACAAUAUGGCCAAAUUACACCACAAUUAGGUUCGAAAGUCUUACUGCAGUUCGACAAAUCAAUUAAUCAAAUGCUAGCAUCACGAGUGAAAUCUAGACUAACUUUUAAGGCCGGAAAACUGCAUACGUAUCGGUUUUGUGAUAAUGUAUGGACUUUUAUGUUGAACGAAGUCGAAUUCCGUGAGGUUCAAGAAGUUACCAAAAUCGAUAAAGUGAAAAUAGUGGCUUGUGAUGGCAAAAAUGUCACGGACGAGGGUAGUUCUAAAAAAUGAUGGUUGGAUAGGUUACAUUAUGUCUUAAGUACCUUACUAUAUUUGUAAAGGAUUCUAUGUACUUUGUACAUUUUAUUAUAUUAAACGAAUGAAUAUUGUAUUAUAA